CAAAGCCACAUGGCUUUACGGUAUCUAGGAGGUGGCUGGAGAUGAUGUUCUUGUUUGGCCGGCCAGGACCAUAUGCAAUAUCUUAACAUAGAUGUAAUUCUUCUUGCCUUGCAGAGUUGUUUUGCCAAAAUCAGCAUUUGAUGUCUGCUUGCAGGCUACAUGCUGUGGUGUAUGACAUAAUCUAUUUUUAGAGAUAUUAUACAAAAGUUGACUGAACACGGUGACUGAACAGUGGGAAUCAUAUUGCACCGGAUGUCAUUACAGGCUUUUGAGUAGCGCGGAGUGUAAUCAAGAUGGAAGUUGCAGCACAUUUUGUGAAUGACUCUGUAGAAUUCUACAAAUGGAGCCUUACUAUAUCAGACAAAAGGGUCGAAAAAUGGCCCAUGAUGUCAUCGCCCCUCCCGACGCUGGCCAUCAGCUGCCUGUACCUGCUCUUCCUGUGGGCGGGACCUAGAUACAUGCAGGACCGGCAGCCAUUCGUCCUUAGGAAGACCCUUAUAGUCUACAACUUCAGCAUGGUGGUCCUCAACUUCUAUAUCGCCAAAGAGCUCCUGAUAGCGUCCAGGGCAGCCGGUUACAGCUAUCUCUGCCAGCCCGUCAACUACUCUGAGGAUGAAAACGAAGUCAGGAUAGCGUCAGCCCUAUGGUGGUACUACAUCUCCAAGGGAGUGGAGUUUCUGGACACGGUGUUCUUCAUCCUGAGGAAGAAGUUCAACCAGGUCAGCUUCCUCCACGUCUACCACCACUGCACCAUGUUCAUCUUGUGGUGGAUCGGCAUGAAGUGGGUCCCUGGAGGACAGGCCUUUUUCGGUGCCGGCAUCAACUCCUCGAUCCAUGUGCUGAUGUACGGCUACUAUGGUCUGGCUGCCCUUGGGCCCCAGAUCCAGAAGUACCUCUGGUGGAAGAAAUACCUCACCAUCAUCCAGAUGAUCCAGUUCCACGUGACCAUUGGCCACGCGGGCUACUCCCUGUACACCGGCUGCCGGUUCCCCAGCUGGAUGCAGUGGGCCCUGAUUGGCUACGCCGUCACCUUCAUCGUCCUCUUCGCCAACUUCUACUACCACGCCUACCGGAGGAAACCGGCCGGCGCCCGCAAGCCCGUCGCCAACGGCGUCUCCACGGCGACCAACGGCCACAGCAAGGCGGAGGAGGAGGAGGAGCCGCAGGACAACGGGAAGAAGUCGCGGAGAGGCCGUCCGAAGAAAGAGUGAAAAAAGAAAACAACGCAUCCGUGGAAAAGGGCGGGA